UCCGCCGACGCCGUCCUGGGCUCUAAAGCCCGCAGAGCUCUGAGGCGGCCGUCACUUCUCCGAGUCGGAGCCAUGGCGACAACAGCUCAGUACAUCCCGCGGAAUAACUCCUUGCCGUCCAACCCGCUCAUGCACCCGGACUCGGACCGCAUGCACCAGGGGACCACCUACCGGGAGGUGCAGAAAAUGAUGCACCACGAGUACCUGCAAGGGCUGGCGGCCACCAACACGGGACACCCGAUGAGCCUGACGCACCACCAGUGGCUGCAGCCCACGUCCAACAGCGACUGGUCCAGCGGCACGCACCUCGGCCAGCAGGACCACAAAGGCGGCGUGGUGGGGGCGAGCCGCGAGGACUUGGCCGCCGCCGCCGGCUUCCACCACAGAUCCCACCUCGUGCACCAGCAGACGGCGGCGGGUGCCCACCACGGCGCCUGGGCUCCGGCCAGCGCGCACCACCUGUCCCCACUGUCGCCCGCGUCGGGCGGCGGCGGAGGGGUCGGUGGCGGCGGCGGUGGCGGCGGCGGCGGCGGCCACCAGGCUCUGGUCUACUCUCAGACGGGAUACACGAACCUGAACGCGAUGCUGGGCAGCCCGCAGCCGGGCGCCCUGCACCACGGCAUGCGCGAGCCUCUCCACGACGACGCGGCAGCGGCGGUGCACGACGGUCACAUGGAGUCCCCGCAGCAGGCGUUCGGCCACCACCAGGACCACUCGGACGAGGACGCGCCCAGCUCCGACGACCUGGAGCAGUUCGCCAAGCAGUUCAAGCAGCGGCGGAUCAAGCUGGGCUUCACGCAGGCGGACGUUGGCCUGGCCCUGGGGACCCUGUACGGCAACGUGUUCUCGCAGACCACCAUCUGCCGGUUCGAGGCGCUGCAGCUGAGCUUCAAGAACAUGUGCAAGCUCAAGCCGCUGCUGAACAAGUGGCUGGAGGAGACCGACUCCAACACGGGCAGCCCCACCAACCUGGACAAGAUCGCCGCGCAGGGCCGCAAGCGCAAGAAGCGGACCUCCAUCGAGGUGGGCGUCAAAGGGGCGCUGGAGAACCACUUCCUCAAGUGCCCCAAGCCGUCGGCGCACGAGAUCAGCACUUUAGCCGGCACGCUGCAGCUGGAGAAGGAGGUGGUGCGCGUUUGGUUUUGCAACCGGAGACAGAAGGAGAAGCGCAUGACGCCCGUGGGGGUCCCGCACCCCAACAUGGACGACGUAUAUUCCCAAGCGGAGACCCCCCCGCUGCACCGCUCGCUACACAGCCCCGUGCAGUGACUGACUUGACAGCCCAGGGGGUGACCCGUCCCAAUCCACCCCACCCCACCCGCCAUCCGCCACCAGGCUCCUUUGUAGACAAAUAAAAGGG